AGAACAACCGGACGCAGUCUCCAAUCGGUGUUUUCUUCACGUGGGUUGACUGCACGAGCUCUCCGUUAAUCAGAACUGUUUGAACCAGAAACCAAAAUGACGCAGUGUGACGGAGUCUUAAAACCAAAGACGAGACGCUCGAAGCGCUUCUUGGAGAGCAGAGCGCCCAAACUGAAUGAAGGUGUGAAGAGUGCCAUGAUUAUGAAAGGAGGAAACACGAGUCAGACCAUCACUCAAGCCCUCAAAGACAUCUAUUCUCUGAAAAAACCUGAUGCUGUGCUGUACAAGAAAAAGAACAUUACUCGUCCUUUUGAGGAUUCAACAUCACUGGAGUUUUUCUCAAAAAAAACAGACUGCUCUCUUUUUCUGUUUGGCUCCCACAACAAGAAACGACCCAACAAUCUGAUUUUUGGUCGUAUGUUUGACUUCCACGUGCUGGAUAUGAUUGAACUUGGUAUUGAGAAGUAUGGCUCCCUGAGCGACAUCAAGGCCAGCAAGUGUCCUGAAGGAACCAAACCGAUGCUUGUGUUUGCAGGAGAAGCUUUUGAUACAGACAACGAGUACAAGCGGAUGAAGAGCCUACUUAUAGACUUUUUCAGAGGUCCCACUGUGUCUGCAGUGCGUCUCGCAGGUUUGGAGCAUGUCCUGCACUUCACUGCCCAGGAAGGAAAGAUCUAUCUGCGCAGCUAUAGGUGUCUGUUGAAGAAGUCUGGCUGCCGCACACCAAGGAUCGAGCUGGAAGAGAUCGGGCCAUCCUUUGACUUUGUCAUGAGAAGAACCCACCUGGCAUCAGAUGACUUGUAUAAGCUGGCUCAUAAACAGCCCAAAGCCCUGAAGCCAAAGAAGAAGAAAAAUAUUUCCCAUGAUGCCUUUGGUACCACGUUUGGACGGGUGCACAUGCAAAAGCAGGAUUUGUCAAAGCUGCAAACACGGAAGAUGAAGGGUCUGAGGAAGAGGAAGGCAGAGGUGGAUGCUGACGAGCAUAGGCAAGACCCUAAAGAGGCAAAAAUGGAGAAGUGAAGCUGAGAGGACAGAUUGAUGGACUUCACUUUAGAUCUGAACGUGUCCUUUCUGCAUUCUCUGUCUCAACAUGUGAGCAGUGUCUAGGCUUGUGGACGUCUUAUGACAUUUAAAUUGUCCAAAUGUGUAGAUUUAAAACCCAGAAAGUUUAAAGUCCACUUUUGUUAUGUUAAUGUCAUGUAUUUAAAAUGAUUAAAAUACAUUUUUAUCAAGUUAUUUUUCAUUUACUAAGAAUAUAAUUUCACUAACAUAACUUCACUCUAAAAUGAA